AUGUCGACCUGGGGCUUCAGUGAGUCGCAGCGUUUGCGAUCAAUACCACUCGCGGCCCCCGUGAACCCUACAGAUCCCUUUAUUUAUAUAGAGCGGCAAUCCAAGCAGCUUCAAAGCGACUUACAGGAGCUACUUGACUCCCAGAGUCGUGCUCUGUCGGCCAGGCAGCCCUUAACCUCGCGGGAGGACACUCCCUCGACCAGAAGCUCGACUCCUACUCCCUCUCAUAUCGCAAGUCACAGGUCGACGUUGCCUGUUCCAGUACGCCAGCCGCGCAAGAAGGAAACCAGCCUCCGAAAUGCACGUCGAGGCAUUCUUCGGUCGAUCCACAACCUGUUAAGCCUGAAGGAGGAAGAGCAUGACAUUCUUAACGCAGAGGUAUACACGAGGCGGGAAGCUCUGAAGGUGGUGGAAUCAUUUAUAGAUAAACGGGCUGGCUUGGAAAGGUCGAUAUCCGGCAUGCAAGCCGACAAGCAAAAGAAGCGGGUAGACACGCUCUCGAACGAGCUUCACGGUCUAGAAGACGAGAUCAGGGAGACAGAAACAAGGCUGGCGGAAAUGAAGGUGCGCCAUCGGCAUAUGGUGAACGAACUAUCGCAGCUUCAAAACUCCGUCGACGCUAAACUAUCAUCCUAUGAAGCCGCUCUCUCCCUGGUGAAUUCAGAUGCCAAACGAUACCUGAAGACCCCGCCUAUCCCACCGCUCCAGAUAGCCCCUUCUUCGACAACCUUCUUUUCGCUGAACCCAGACCGCCGGACCCUGGAGAUGGCAGAGGAACACUGGACGCAAGAAAUUUCGGCGCUACAGAAGCGGAACCUGACCACCAACCAGGAAAUCGAAGCAUUAAAGGAAGGUGGGCGUAUAUGGAACGAUACUGUAAUAACAAUAACGACUUUCGAGAAACGGCUACGGAAUACGGUGAACCGCCUACAGGGGAAGGGCCCGCUAUUCGAAUCAAUCGGCCCUCAGGAAGCCCGCGAGACAGACGUUGCCUUGAUACUGAAAGAAUUAGAUGCUACGAUUCAAAGCCUAGAAUGCAGCCUACAACUAGCGGAGGAGAAGAACUGGACGCUACUUAUAUGUGGAAUUGGUGCUGAACUGGAAGCCUUUGUGGAGGCUAAAGCCAUGUUUUCAAGUACGUUUGGCGGCCAUGACGACGCUCUAGAUGAAGACCACGGCGGGACGAUGGUAGGAGAGGUACCCGAGGACUUAUUACGGUCUCCCACGCCAUCAAGGGUAGGCUCUCCCUCUCCCGAAAUAUGCCAGUCGACAGUUCCCGCCAAUCAAGCCACUGCCUGCCCAAAGGACUCGCCUUCAACGAAGGUCAAGGACACGGCGCCCGAAAGUGAUGACGACGAGCCCGACCCUGCCUGGCUAUUAUCCUCAUCAUAG